UGAUUCUGCCCCUCUCGCGGAUGGCGUGGUCUAUUAUAUAUCUAUAGUGAAUACCGGCUAGUGUCACUACUGUGUACAGUUAUAUAAACCGUGGUACAGUUCAAUAGGUGGCCAUGACAGAAUCUGAUUGUCUUAUUUGUAAACUGUAACCUAUUAAUUUUGUCUAAUACAUUGUAAGUCGUUAUUUAUUAACUAUAAUUGGAAUAUUACACGAUAAAAAAUUACGAUUGUCGUUCAUUUUUCUCAACAAUAUUUGAACGCCCAGCACAUUUGUUUGGUGUUUGGCACAAUGGAGGAGUACGAUGAAUCUUCGGACGUCGAGAUGAUUCCUAUCGAGGAAGUAGACAGAGUCAAAACAAUUUCAGCGACAGAAUUACGAAUCCAAACACCACCAUUAGACGACAGCUACUAUGAAAAUUCCACGAACACAUUUACCACUGGUAUAGAUAUUUUCAGCAAAGAAGAGAAAUUGAAGAUGGAAGAACGAGCGAAGCGUUUUGGCUUAUUGGAGAAAUUCAAGGAAUCGCCGAAUCGAGAAGAGAAUUUAUAUAGCAGUAUGGGUAUUACGGAUGAUAGUGACAAUUCAAAGAACAUCAGAUUAAAUGUGAUCCAUAUGAGAGGAACCGAGGAAAUGAGCACCAAGGAUGUGUUCAAAUAUUUUCAAGAUUAUGCUCCGAUGUCUAUCGAAUGGAUCAAUGAUGUUUCGUGUAACAUAGUCUGGUUUGACAAUUUAUCGGCAGCCAGAGCUAUGCUGGCAUUAUCUAAAACAAUCAUAGGUAGUGUUGCAAAAUAUUCAGACCGAGAAGAGGAUCCCAAAAAUAGCAUAAUCACAGCAGAUGAAGAAAAUGAGUCUAUUGUAGAUACGGAUGGAAAGGAAGAAAAUUGUAUAAAUAUUAAAGACAUCAAUUAUCCGUUACCACCAGGUAUAUGGAGGAAGGGAAUGGAUUAUCCAAAAUCUAAAGGAAUCUUUUUAAGAUUUGCCACCAGGAUGGAUAAAAAGCCUGCCAAUGCGGAAAAGAGGAGCAAAUACUACAAAAAGUAUGGAAAUCCCAACUUUGGAGGUCUCAAAGGAAUUCUAACAGAGUCCCGUAAGCGUAUGUACAAGCAAAUCCAAAAUAAACAUACAGUAUCAAAUGAGGAUAAAGAUAGAAAUCAAACAAAAAAUCCUUGGGGCGCAUUGUCCGAGACAUGGGGCAUGAAUGAUGUCGUGGAGGAUGACUUUCUUCCAAGAAAUGGCGUUAAAGACCACCAAGUACGUGGUAUAAAGGAGAGAUUAGGCGUCAAGUACAGGGAUAAAGACGUGUCGCGAACGGAAGACUUGGAGGAGACCAGUUCGAGUAGCGACAGCGAUGAGAAUUGGUGUAAACGAAGUAAAAUUCCCCGUAUGCGGAUGCACGCCGACGACGAAGAGGAGAAAUUGCAAAAGCGCAAAGCAAAACUCCGAUAUCAAAUGGUCCUCAAUAGCUUAAAUAGCAGCGGUGACUUGCGAUCGAAAUUAGGGAGGCCGAGAACGAAAGCACCGUACCGCGAUCCCAUUCAGGUGGUGGUCACGAAUACGAACCUGACAAAGUCGAAACAUGACAAUUCAGAAAUAACCCGACAAGAUUAUCAGAACGAGGCGCAAUUGUCGGAAAAAGAAGAGGGAGAGUGGCAGGAAUCGGAAGACGAAGACAAUCAAGUGGAGAAAGGCAAGCUGGAGCAAAAAUAUGGACAGUGCAUACUGGUGGAGGAGGAAGAGGAAAGAGAAAGAGAGGAAGAGGAAAGAGAAAGAGAGGAGGAAGAGGAGGACGAAGAUGAAGAGGGCGAACAUAAGGAGGACGAAGAGGAUGAUGAUGACGACGAUAGUGACGAAGUCAGCAAUGUACCUGCGAAAGAGAUUCAGGGUCCUAAAGGAAGCGUGAUAAAAGUGGUCCCACCCAAGCCACGCAUUGCUUCCACUGUUUGGGCAAGAUUAAAUCAUACAAAAAGCGAAACGAGCGACAGUUACUUGAAAAACAGACGAUCAAUGAGCAGCCAUGAUUUGAGAAGUACCUUAAAGGGCGGCGAUUUGCGAUCACGUAUCGGCAAUCACACCAGAGGACGUUCUCCAUUGAGAAUAGAAGUGAAAAAUGACAAAUAUACAAAGGACAAUAAUGAAGGAGAGUGAUUCUUGUACAAAUAACAAAUUGUUUGAAAAAUUUGAAACUUAUAAAGUGCUCAUCUUAAAUUA